AUGUUCAAGUUUUUGAAAGGAGUGGUGGGUGGAUCUGGGGCUGGGCUAAAGGAUCUACCUUACAACAUCGGUGAUCCUUACCCUUCUGCUUGGGGCUCGUGGAAUCACUUUCGUGGUACCUCCAAGGAUGAUGGAUCUCCAGUUUCGAUAUUUGCUCUUUCUGGGAACAAUGCUCAAGAUGGGCAUUUGGCUGCUGGGAGAAACGGUGUCAAGCGUCUUCGUACUGUGAGGCAUCCAAAUAUACUUUCAUUUCUUCACAGCACGGAGGUGGAAACUAACGAUGGUUCUACUUCCAAGGUUACAAUCUACAUAGUCACUGAGCCUGUUAUGCCGCUUUCAGAUAAGAUAAAGGAGCUAGGAUUGAAAGCCACUCAGAGGGAUGAAUAUUUUGCUCUGGGUCUACACCAGAUAACUAAAGCUGUGAGCUUCCUGAACAAUGACUGCAAACUUGUGCAUGGAAAUGUUUGCCUGGCUAGUGUUGUUGUGACACCUACUUUGGACUGGAAACUCCAUGCUUUUGAUGUCCUAUCGGAGUUUGAUGGGAGCAAUGAAUCUGCAAGUGGACCUAUGCUGCCAUUUGAAUGGCUAGUGGGAACACAGUACAAGCCAAUGGAAAUGGUGAAAUCUGAUUGGGUUGCCGUUAGAAAAUCUCCACCAUGGGCCAUUGAUUCAUGGGGCUUAGGUUGUCUUAUAUAUGAACUCUUCUCCGGCUCUAAGCUUGGAAAAACAGAGGAGCUCCGUAACACUGUCGGCAUUCCUAAGUCUCUGCUUCCAGAUUAUCAGCGACUCCUAAGUUCCAUGCCUUCUCGCAGACUAAACACCUCAAAGCUUCUAGAAAAUGGCGAGUAUUUCCAAAACAAGCUGGUGGACACCAUACAUUUUAUGGAUAUUCUCAACUUGAAAGACAGUGUUGAAAAGGACACUUUCUUCCGCAAGCUACCAAAUGUUGCUGAACAGCUUCCACGGGAGAUCGUGCUUAAGAAGAUUCUUCCUUUAUUAGCUUCUUCCCUUGAAUUUGGUUCAGCUGUUGCCCCUGCAUUAACUGCCUUACUCAAGAUGGGUUCAUGGUUAUCAGCUGAAGAUUUCAAAGUCAAGGUGCUGCCAACAAUAGUCAAGCUUUUUGCUUCUAAUGAUCGAGCUAUUAGAGUUUCUCUUUUGCAACAUGUUGAUCAAUUUGGAGAAUCAAUGUCCGGACAAAUUGUUGAUGAACAAGUAUACCCUCAUGUUGCUACUGGAUUUGCAGACACAUCUGCCUUUCUACGAGAGCUGACUCUUAAAUCGAUGCUCGUUUUAGCUCCAAAGCUUUCUCAGCGUACACUUUCUGGAUCCCUCUUGAAAUACCUUUCCAAAUUACAGGUGGAUGAAGAGCCUGCUAUCAGAACCAAUACCACUAUAUUACUCGGGAACAUUGCCACCUACCUAAAUGAAGGGACAAGGAAAAGAGUUUUGAUUAAUGCCUUUACAGUGCGUGCCUUGCGGGAUACAUUUCCACCUGCUCGUGGUGCAGGUAUUGUUGCAUUAUGCGCCACCAGUACCACUUAUGACGACACUGAAAUAGCAACAAGGAUUCUUCCAAAUAUUGUUGUACUAACUAUUGAUCAUGACAGCGAGGUUCGAGCCAAGGCAUUUCAGGCUGUAGAACAGUUUCUUCAGAUACUGAAACAGAACUAUGAGAAGACAAACGCUGGAGAGACAGGAGCCACCGGAGGAGCCUCAGCUAUACCUGAAACUGCUGGUCUGAUCGGAUGGGCUAUGAGUUCUUUGACUCUCAAGGGUAAGCCAUUAGAUCAAGCGUCGCUUGCUUCUUCUUCUUCAGCACCAUCCCUAGCUUCUGCAGUUUCAAAUGCUACAACAACAGCAACGGAGGCGCCAAGUGUCAAAGCCAGUCAUCAUACACGUUCCAACUCGGACUUCACAGAUCAACCAGCACCACCAUCUCCAACAUCAACAGAUGGCUGGGGAGACAUUGAGAAUGACAUUAACGAAGGUAAUGAGAGCGACAAAGACGGUUGGGAUCUCGAUCCUAUUGAUGAACCGAAACCUGCUCCAGCUCUCUCAAACAUCCAAGCAGCUCAAAAACGACCUGUGUCUUCUAGACCUCCAGCUACAAGCUCGAGACCAAAAGUUAACACGGCAAAAGCAACUGCGAAAUUGGAAGACGAUGACUUGUGGGGAUCCUUAGCUGCUCCUCCACCUGCAACUACCUCAAGACCGUUGAACUUGAAGAAGGCAGUACAGUCUGAUGAUGAAGACCCCUGGGCUGCCAUUGCUGCUCCACCACCAACCACCAGAGCAAAACCUUUGUCCUCUGGUCGUGGCCGAGGAGCCAAACCUGCAGCUCCCAAACUUGGUGCCCAACGCAUUAACCGAACCUCAUCUGGAAUGUGAUGUAACACAGGAAGAAGAUAAAGAGGCAUACAAUGUACAUUUUUUGGAGCAUCUCCAGAUGACUCAAACAACCAACAUAUUGUUUGUGAUAUCAUUCAUUUUUAAACCCCCAAGAAUGUCUCUUAAUUUUACACUACGCUGCCCCAAAGAGUGUUUUGUGUGUGUUUCUGAGAAGUAGGAAUGAUGUAAAGACACCAUUCUCGGAAUUACAUUAUCUUGUUCAAGCCAAACUCAUCUUCGUCUGUCAUGUUACUGUUUACGCUAUUCAAUACAUUAAAGAUCAUCUCAGACGCCAUUGGAGAAGACGAACCUCCUGAAAAGAAAACAUGAUUGAGAUUGCUCACUUCAAUCCAGCUACAACCUGGAUUUUUUUGCAAGCCUUUCUCCUUCAUCUCUCUCAACAGCUUGGCUGCUUCUUUCUUCAAUCCUGCUUUCAUGUAAAGAUUAAUCAACUGAACAUAGUUACUACCUCUCUCCGGUUCCAUCCUCAACAAGUUCUCAGCAGACAAUAUCCCAAGCUCCUUAUUAUGAUGGGUUCUUGACGCAGAUAAAAGACACAACCAUGUACUACUGUCUGGUUCAAUAGGCAUUGCUUUUAUAAAACUGUAAGCUUCUUCUAGGUGACCGGCACGUCCUAGAAGAUCCACCAUAUUAGCAUAAUGCUCAAUUUUUG